AAACACACAUGACAAGUGCUGUUAGUGUGCUUUCUGUCAGUGUCAGUCCUCGGGUGUAGAGGCUGGAAGGAAUUUAGCUAGCGACCACGCAAUUUGUUAUAUGGACAAAAAGGACCCGCUGACUGGAUCAAAUCACUCCUAGAAGUACAGGAAUCCAUCAUUUAAUCGUGUGAAAGGGACGCUAAGGAAACAUGAUGUCUGUAUUGGGAAGAGCGAGUCGGCUCAUUCAAUUUGCCAAGUGCAGUAACGCCAUAAACCUGUGUGUUACGACAUCUCUCAGAAGACAGUCUAGUAGUGCAACCGCUGCAGCCUUCGUCCAGCCAGCCUCCACAGCCACCCCAGAAGCUGUAGAAAACAGAAAGCCCAAAACGGGGAUCCUAAUGAUGAACAUGGGAGGACCUGAGAAACUGGACGAUGUUCACGAUUUCCUGCUGCGCCUUUUCUCCGACACCGAUCUGAUGAAGCUUCCUGUUCAGAAUCGACUUGGGCCGUUCAUAGCGAAGCGGCGCACCCCUAAGAUCCAGGAGCAGUACAGCCGGAUCGGAGGAGGCUCCCCUAUCAAGGCCUGGACCACCAUGCAGGGAGAGGGCAUGGUCAAACUGCUGGAUGAGAUGUGUCCGGAAACAGCUCCUCAUAAAUUCUACAUAGGGUUUCGCUACGUGCAUCCUCUGACGGAGGAGGCUAUUGAGGAGAUGGAGAAGGAUGGAGUAGAGAGAGCAGUGGCUUUCACCCAGUACCCACAAUACAGCUGUUCUACAACAGGCAGCAGUCUGAACGCUAUCUAUCGAUACUACAGCAGCAGAGCAGACAGGCCUAAGAUGAGGUGGAGUGUCAUCGACCGCUGGCCCACACACCCCCUGUUGGUCGAGUGUUUCUCUCAGCAUGUCCUCAACGAGCUGCAGAAGUUUCCCCCAGAGAAGAGGGAUGAUGUGGUUAUCCUGUUCUCAGCUCACUCACUACCCUUGUCUGUGGUGAACAGGGGAGAUCCGUACCCUCAAGAGGUUGGAGCCACUGUGCAGAGAGUCAUGGAGAGACUACAGCACUGUAAUCCUUACCGCCUGGUCUGGCAGUCCAGGGUUGGUCCUAUGCCGUGGCUGGGCCCUCAGACAGAUGAUGUCAUCAAGGGUCUGUGUGAACGGGGCAAGAAGAACCUGCUGCUGGUCCCCAUCGCCUUCACCAGCGACCACAUCGAAACGCUGCAUGAACUGGACAUUGAGUACUCUCAGGUGCUGGGAGAGGAGUGUGGCGUAGAAAACAUCAGAAGGGCUGAAUCUCUGAAUGGAAACCCAAUAUUUUUCCAGGCUCUGGCAGACCUGGUCCAAACCCACCUGAAGUCAAACGAGUCCUGUUCCCGUCAGCUCACCCUGCGCUGCCCACUGUGUACCAACCCCACCUGCGGAAAAACCAAGGCCUUCUUCGCUAAUCAGAAAUGACCCUCCUCCUCCUCCUCAACCAUUUUCUAGUGUUGCAAACUGCAGGUAACUAUCCCCCCAAAAAAUGUCCUGGUUUCCCUGAAAUCCUAUUUGAAGGAUUCUGGAUUUCCUACUUAUUUCUUCCUGAUUCCUGGAUUCUUCCAACCGGGAUUUCUAGAAAAGCUGGGAAUUCUGAGAGUCACCUGCCCUCUACCCAUCUGUUACUACAGGACAGAGCACACGUUUCUAAGUAACUACCAGAAGAAGAAGCAGACAAACUAGGGAAGAAGCUGUCAGUCCGCCUCUCAUUAAAGCUAUAAGACAAGUAGAGUUGCACUUAUUUUGUCCCCCUUGCCGCUCGCUCACAUUCCAUCAGUUUUCCAGGGAUUCAACGAUGUCCAUUUCAUCCCUCCCAUCUUUUUCCAAAGAGGAAGAUAAACUGGACUGUAAUCCUUUCUCACCUGGUCCAGUUGGUUUGUACGCCAUGCUCAGGGACAGUGGCAAAGCGUGUCCCCCACCCCAUUCUGGUAUGUCAUCCACAGUGUCUCUUUGAGACCCUCUCUGAAGUCUGGUGGACUGUCCCCUGCUUUGAGACCCUCUCUGAAGUCUGGUGGACUGUCCCCUGCUUUGAGACCUCUAUCUCCUCUGGUCCUCCAGAGGAUCCCUGCUUCCAUCCUUGUAGAGGCACGACUCAUCCAGAGUCGACGCUCUUACCUUUCCCACCCAGUAAUCUCCUCUGACCUCUAAUCUCUUAUAGGGAACCAUAAUCCCUGGUUCCACUUCCACAAAGUGCUGCUGCACAUCUUGCCCCUGCAUGAGUCCCUGUCUCUCCCCGGUCAACCGCUCAUCUCCCUGCUGCAGUGUCCCCCAUCCCUGUCUCUCCCCAGCUGGCCUCUUACCUCCCUGCUGCAGUGUCCCCCAUCCCUGUCUCUCCCCAGCUGGCCUCUUACCUCCCUGCUGCAGUGUCCCCCAUCCCUGUCUCUCCCCAGCUGGCCUCUCACCUCCCUGCUGCAGUGUCCCCCAUCCCUGUCUCUCCCCAGCUGGCCUCUCACCUCCCUGCUGCAGUGUCCCCCAUCCCUGUCUCUCCCCAGCUGGCCUCUCACCUCCCUGCUGCAGUGUCCCCCAUCCCUGUCUCUCCCCAGCUGGCCUCUCACCUCCCUGCUGCAGUGUCCCCCAUCCCUGUCUCUCCCCAGCUGGCCUCUCACCUCCCUGCUGCAGUGUCCCCCAUCCCUGUCUCUCCCCAGCUGGCCUCUCACCUCCCUGCUGCAGUGUCCCCCAUCCCUGUCUCUCCCCGGUCAACCUCUCAUCUCCCUGCUGCAGUGUCCCCCAUCCCUGUCUCUCCCCAGCUGGCCUCUCACCUCCCUGCUGCAGUGUCCCCCAUCCCUGUCUCCCCCCAGCUGGCCUCUCACCUCCCUGCUGCAGUGUCCCCCAUCCCUGUCUCUCCCCAGCUGGCCUCUCACCUCCCUGCUGCAGUGUCCCCCAUCCCUGUCUCUCCCCGGUCAACCUCUCAUCUCCCUGCUGCAGUGUCCCCCAUCCCUGUCUCUCCCCGGCUGGCCUCUCACCUCCCUGCUGCAGUGUCCCCCAUCCCUGUCUCUCCCCGGCUGGCCUCUCACCUCCCUGCUGCAGUGUCCCCCAUCCCUGUCUCUCCCCAGCUGGCCUCUCACCUCCCUGCUGCAGUGUCCCCCAUCCCUGUCUCUCCCCGGCUGGCCUCUCACCUCCCUGCUGCAGUGUCCCCUAUCCCUGUCUCUCCCCGGUCAACCUCUCAUCUCCCUGCUGCAGUGUCCCCCAUCCCUGUCUCUCCCCAGCUGGCCUCUCACCUCCCUGCUGCAGUGUCCCCCAUCCCUGUCUCUCCCCAGCUGGCCUCUCACCUCCCUGCUGCAGUGUCCCCCAUCCCUGUCUCCCCCCAGCUGGCCUCUCACCUCCCUGCUGCAGUGUCCCCCAUCCCUGUCUCUCCCCGGUCAACCUCUCAUCUCCCUGCUGCAGUGCUGCAGUGUCCCCCAUCCCUGUCUCUCCCUGGCUGGCCUCUCACCUCCCUCAGCUCCGAACCUGCUGCCGGUCUAACUAUGGGCUCCAUGGCCUCAUCCAUCUAACCUGAGCUGUGUUAUAGCUGCUGCUGUUUAGACAGACAGACAUAUUCUUAGCGACUAGCAGCGUUGACAUGCUCUCCGUUGUCGGUCCAGCAACUCAGAGUAACAUGACAUAACGUGCCUUUUUACACUUGCUCUUUGAACAUUGAUUCAACUCUGUGCUUUUGAUAUGUAAUUUACUCAAAUGUGAUAAUUUACCAGGGUCGUGUUCAUCAGGGCACACCGUAACUAAACGUUUUUAAAUCAUUUUGCAACCCCCAAAAAAGUACACGAGCGUUUCUUAUUGGACAAGUUGGAGGAGUACCUCUCUGUUUUCAGCCGUUUUCUUCUGUUAUGUGCCUGCUGAACACAAUCCCGAUUUUCUAAUGUAUUUAAGAAGUCAUCUGUAAAUCAUGUUGAAGAAACUUUGAUGUAUACAAAUUGAGGUUUGUUUAUAGAUGUGUGGAUACCAUAGUUUAAUAAGACAUUAUACCAUCUUAUUGUUGAAUAGUCGUUUCUGAUUGGGUUUGAAGAGCAUUUUAGAGCGUACAUUACUUCACUAUAACGCAUGGUAUAUCAGCACGGUUGAAUUCAAUGACUUUCGUUCACUCUUACAUGUUUUUGUUUAAGAUGCUUUUGAAAUCAAAGGUCAAAUUGAGAACAGUAUUGGCCGUGUUGAACUCAAUUUUCAUCAUAGCAAACUAGGACUGAUAGUUUGGUUAGCUAAACUAGCAAAGUCUGUCUGUUUGGUUACCACGGUAACUACUGUAGCUAUCUCGUCAACUUGCUAGCUUCUUCAGUGGACGUUGAACACAAUUUCUACCAGCAAAUGUGUUCAAUUACAACCAUGUUAUCAAAGGGAUAAUCAACUCGGGGCUAUAUGCGUUUUCUGGAAAAUAACCUCCCACGCAGUUGCAUUAAGUCCACUCUGCUAGCACGUCGUGGGAACACGUCGUUAAUUAUUUUCCAUAGAACACACAGCCCUCAUUGAUUAUCCCUUACAUAUAUGAUUUGUGUGUGUGUGUAUAUAUAGUGAAGAGAUGCCGCUUCAUGUUACAUCGUUGUGAUUUUUUUUAAAGGUUUAUUUAUUUCUGUCUGUCAUAAAACACCACCUGCUCUGCUGUUCAAAAUGUGUUAUCUAUUUUUUACUGGAAUACAACAUUAACAACAAGUCUUCCACUACAUCUAAUAAAAUGGACAACAUUAAAAACAUUUUGCAUCAUUU